UUUUCCCUUCACCCUGCGCUUUGGCCAUGCACCCCUAGUUUUAAACAAGAAACGAGGAUUAGUGGCUGUGUAUGUACAUUUGAAUAUCUAAAUUUUGAUAAAUUGCUACUGCAUGCCUACUUAUAAUACAAGAUGUUCUUCCUAUUUCUAAUACGUGUGACGUGCUUGAUUAUUAAUUCCUAUUUCUAUUCGAGAAGAAACUGUAGAUCAUCAGAAAUACCUCGUAAAAUUUUUGGUGCACCCAUUUGUUGAAUUCUUUUUUAUUAUUCGUUGUUUGAACAACCUCGUAAAAUUCCUAGCUACGGCCAUAUAAUUUACAAUUAUAUUUUUCUACGAGAAGAUUCUUAGACUUUUUUGCUUUGGUGACUGUUGAGUUUUGAGUUUGAUGAGAGUAUAUUACACUAAACUUUAGUAUGAAAUUCCUCGCCACUCUACUUUUUAUUACUUCUUGUUAACAGUACCUAAAGUAUAAAAGGGGGGCAUAACUCAUAAGUAUUUGCUGCUUGGUGACAUGAGACAUAAAAGAUCCUUUAAGUCUGACUUGAGAAUGCAAGUAGUUAUUAUAUUGAUCAUGUUCUUUUAUUGAGACAUCUUUUGUAUAUUUUCCAUGGGGAAAAGGGAGAGGUGAUUAACCUGGUGUAUUUGAUUCUAAUUCUUAGGAAGAAUGUCUCCAUCAGACACAAGCCAAGUAUCAAUUGCUGAUGAAGAUAUAAUUAGCGACUUGCCACGGAAUGUAAUAGAUUGCAUUCUAGGGAAAAUGCCUAUACGUGAAGCCAUACGAACGAGUGUUCUGUCCAAGAAGUGGAGAUUUUACUACUUAACCAUCCCAAAUCUAGUGUUUGAUUACAAGUUUGGCCGAGAGCUUUGUGAGUUUCUCGCCAGGAAGAAUUGUGGUAAAUUUUCUGCAUUUGAGCUCAAGUACCAAUUUAAUGAAAUUGUCACCAAAUCUCUUAUGCUUCAUCCUGGGCGAAUAGAGAAAUUUGAAGUGAGCAUUCCUAGUUCAAAGUCAACGGAGGAUCCUGAUGGCAGUUCAGCUGUGGUUCAUGGUGUGAACAAAUGGAUGCUAUAUUUAUCUGGGAGGAGCAUCAAUAAAUUAACCUUAAUAUGCAAUAAUGAUCUAAACUAUCGUCAUAAGUUACCUCCUUAUUUCUUUUCUUGUCCAGAGUUAACAUUCUUGAAGCUCAAGAAUUUUGUUCUUUCGCCUCCACUAGAGUUUAAAGGCUUUCUAAAUCUUUACCGAUUACAACUUAUUGGGGUUGACUUUGCAAACAGCUGUUUUGAAAGUUUUCUUUCCAGCUGCCCCGUUCUUAAAAGGCUAAACUUGCAUCAUUGCUCUGGCAUUCAACAUUUUAAUAUCAGCAGUACUAAUCUUAAGAGGUUGUUCAUCGAGGCUGAUGAUGAGUUAAAAUCAAUCUCCUUAGAGAAGGCUCCUAACUUGUCUGAAGUUUCCGUUUAUCUUAAGAGAGUUGUAAUUGGUCCGGAAGGCAAUCAUGUCUCUGAUUUGGUUAUGUUUGUGGGUAGCUUGCCUAAUGUCAAAUUACUUCGUCUUGAUGGAAAGUGUCUUCAGCUUCUAGCUGAACCUCCAGUUCCGACUAUGAUAUCAAGAUCACCAUACUCUCUAAAGAUUCUCGAACUCAAAAGUUUAAACUUUAUGGACUUCGAUCAAAUAUCUGUUGUUGUCUGCUUGCUGAGAAGUGCUCCGAAUUUGCAAGAACUUUCUAUUGAGGCUUCAACUAUCAAGAUAAAUCAGGAUCAAGUCUCUGGUUAUCUAAAACUCCUGGAUUGCGCAGAUUUUCCGCUUAGGAAUCUUCAUCUGGUCAAAUUAACGAAAAUCUCAUUUUGCGAUCCUGAGCUUCAGUUUAUGGCGUUCCUUCACCGUAGCACGCCAUUACCCGUGACGAUGAUCAUCCAGAGCUUGAAGCAGGAGAGGUAAGAUGUUAAGCUGCUUCAGUAAAACAUAGGUAUCACAGUGUUAGUUUCAGGGAAUUGGCAAUUGUAACAGAAUUAUAUUACUUUUUUAAGUAUUAAUCCUACUGGAUGACUUGUAUUGGUUUUUGCUUCCAAUUCUUCUGAUUUGCUAAGCUAAAGAAUUCAAAUGAAAUUCAGUUAAUUCAUUCUCUUAUAUAUAUAUAUCUCUGUGUGUGUGUAUGUGUC